AUGGCUCUUGUUGAAGGCUUUCUUUCUCAUGGCGAGCCGUGCGAUUCGGUGAAUCAGUUGGGCAGCAAAUUGGACACGCGGUAUGAACAGUGGUCGUUAUUAGUACUUCUGCAACGCCAGUGGUCCCGUAAUAAGCGCUUAAAUGAGCUAUAUGCACCUGUAUUUCAUAUGUUAUUUGCAUCUUCUGCUUCUGGCACUGAUAGUGGCUCUGAUUUCACCACCAGGGAAGAUGAGGUUCCUUGGCAGUUGCUAUUUUAUGAAGUAAAACAUAACUGUAAGGAGGUGCUUUGGGAAUCGCGGGGUGCUGAGCUUAUUAAAGAUAUUUUUAAAACAGUUCCUACAGGACUUCGACCUUUAAAUUUCUCUGUACAUUGUGUAACUAUUGGUGAUACACACGAGCGUCUUGGUUUAUUUUCUGAACGAGCUUUUUCUCUAUAUAAGGAAAGGGUUGAAUCUGUACUGAUUCCUUUGGGAUUGCAACAGUUUUCCGUACAACGACGUCAUGUUGACCUUCAUAGUCAUUCUAAAGGAUUAUUAACGGAAUCGACUGGCCCACUGCCUGCAUUUGUUGACUCAGCAGUCAAUUGGAUACGUAAUCGAUCACCAGAGGCUGUAGAUGUUUCUGCUCCUUCACAGGAGGGUAAUGAAUCUAUUCUUGCAUUACUUCCACAUCUAAACAAAUUAUUAUUUACCACAGAAUUUGCGGAAUUAGAUGAUAUUAAGCUCGAAUCUAUUACAGCUGAUGAAAAAGGGAAAGAAAGUGUUUUGUCUCAAUUAGAGAGAGUACGUUUUGAGGCAAUGAAAGAAAUGAAAAAACGUGUAGGACGUAUAACCUCAUUCAGUUUAAAUCUCCCUACUAUCUCCGGAGAAACACCAAAACAGUGGUACGUUCUCCUUAUACAAAAGUUGCUGCUGGAAAAACAGGAGAUAUCGUUGGAAAAUCUUGAUCCCGGACCACUCAGACCUCAACCUAUUGGGGCGGAGCUACACUUAAUGCAAGAUGCUGGUGAGGUAUUAUAUCUUCAGUCACGACUAUGCGAUGAGAAGUUUUUCGACACAACAUUUGAUGAUAUGCUACAUGAAAACGGUGAGGUAUUCGCUCAACUGACUCCCUUAGAAGGUAUUAGCUUCCAGGAUAUUGACAACUACUUUUCUUUUCUUGAAAAAGAUGAACUAAAAGAAUUUGUAAAAACGAUUCCAACAGAGCCUAUUUGUGAAGGUUCAUCUACUGGUUACACCUUCCCUAAGGUUGUGUUUCGACGACCUACAGAAUCAAUUGUAAAGGAUACCGCCAUAUCAACACCACACGUUGAGGUUGUUGAAAGUAUACUUAAUACAUCAGAUGAAUGGGAAGCUGUUCGAGAGGCUUUUGUAUUUCUUUCUGAUAAUAUUACACCUGUUAACAAAGAUGGAGUUUGUGGAUACACACUUGCUAAGGAUAUUGCCCCAGUUCCUUCUCCAACACAUAAUGAUGAAUGUACGUGGUGUGGACGUCGUCGGGAUAAACUUUUACGUUGUGGUGCCUGUCGAGUGAAUAUGUAUUGUGGAAAGAAACACCAAAUGAUGGAUUGGAAGGCUGGACACAAAAAGAAAUGUGGAUUAUGGCGAAAAGCCAGAGAAGAUUAUGAGCAACGUGUGGUACCUUUACUACAAUCAAAUGGGACAACACUUCCAAGUACUCCAUACACCUCUGCUGUUACUACACUGCUGCAAUUUAUUGAUAGCUGGCGUUCUAAAGAGAGUGGACAAAUAUCUCCAAUUAUUCAUAUUCUUGGUAUUGGCAAAGAUGUGGAAAUUUUUUUAAUAGAACUUUCUAAUUGUGCUUUGAAACUUCGAGGAGAGUGGAAACAAUUACGUCUUCUUAUUUGUUCUGAUGCUUUUUCAGACGAAGAACAGAAUGCUGUGUACGCUAUAAGUGAUACUGGUGUUUGUACCCGUACAAUGCCCACUUCUGCUUUGGGAGAUGUGUGGCAUAAACAAUCCGGAAAAGUUGUGGAGGACGCUGCUCUUCUUGUUCGACUUUAUAAUACGAAAUAUCAUAUUUUCAUUGAUAGCUCUUUAUCACAGGGUUCUGUUGCCAAUACUAUUGGAAUUCCUAGUCAUGGUAAUAAUGAUAGGGGUUUUGCACCCACCGCGAUCAUAUCAUUAGGUACCUUCUUAGGAUCAGGUAUGACUUAUUUUUCAGCAGCUGCUGAAAUUAUUGCGGAUUACUUUGUUGGUGUUAUUCCAGUAAUGUGUACAGAACCAACAUUUGUUAGUGCCUACAAUACAUUAGAUGCCAUCCUUGCGAGGGUAAAAAGCAGCAGCACGAUUACUACAGAUCGAAAGAAUAAACUUCUCACUAAGUACGGUAAUAUAGAUGACUUUAUUCAACUUAAUUCAUCUGCUUUUUGUUCAGUACCUCUGGAUACAGUUGAUGUGACAGCUGACGUCCCAUUGGCAACGAGACAGAUGAUGUGUUUGACACCACACGCAAAUCUUUACUAUUUCAUUAUUCCCGUCGAAGUGUAG